AUGGUUCAGCUUCAACACUCGUUCCUGGCCCUUGCCUGCUUAGCAAGCCAGCUUGCCUUGGCUGUGCCCCAGGACUCCAGCUCUACAGCAUCUGUCCUCGAACAACGACAGUGGCAUCCUCCCAACGACCAGUGGAUCUUCAGAACUUGCCCGAAGCAGGCUGAGAAAUGUUCUGAUUGCGGAGGCGACAGCAGGAAGAAAGGAUUCUGCAACACAGGAAAACCUUUUGAGUCUCGGUACCAGUACCUUCAAUGUCUAAAGCAGCAUCCCGACGGUGGCUGUGGUUUGAUCUGCCCCUGCAUAGCGGAGGAGACGGGUGAGCCAGGAACCGGUCUACCACCUAUCAUUCCGUUCCCCCCUCCUCCAGUGGGAUUUGUCGUGCCGCCGGCCGCUGUCCCGAGUCCGAAACAGGUGUGUAAUGAGGAUUACACCCAGACCAGCUGCAAGGACUGCGAGCCUUUGGAGGGGUGGUGUACUAAGGGUGAUCACGCUGGAUGCCCCUGUAGGGAGGAAUGCCCCGCGGAUAAUGAUAACAAAAAGCCCAGUUGUCUGGCAGAGGACUGUAAGGGAGAGAACGGAUCCUGCACAGUUGGCCACUACAAGGGCUGCAAAUGCGGCGCGAAAUGUCCCGACCCAGAGAAGGAGGUUCUUAUUUGUAGUACUGAUGCGUGCAAGGGCAAAGAAAACAAAUGCACAACUGACACUUAUAACGGCUGCAAAUGUUCCACCCUCACGUCGGAUAUAUACACAUUGUAUUCCAAGGCACAGGUCCAAGAAGCCGAGAAGAUCGUCACCACCUUGAUCGAGGACAUGAAAAGGUUCGAUAGGGAGCAGCAGGCGGAGACGAAUCCAGACGUUACUUGCGUUAGCAGGGACUACGGCAAGGCCCUCCCAGUCGACGCCUCCCUCCUGAACAAGCUGGCCGACAAGUUCUGCAGCGGAGACACAAGCAAGGAGCGCUCUCAAGACUUGACAGCCAAGGACGCCUCGUCCUCUUCGUACGAGGAUUACAAGUUCCACUUUGAGGUUAAUCCCGGCAACGACUGCAAGGCGGACUGCAAAGCAGCCUUCAAGUCCAUGACUGGCACAUGCCAAGGGAUCGAUAGCCACUCCAUCCAAGCCUCCGCCAGCGCAAAGACCAGCUGCGGCACAGAAUUCACCUACAAAAUCACCAAGGCAGACACAUUCACGCAAUCUGGGCUCCAAGAGCGAGCCUGCCAUGAUCGAGAUCAGUUUGGCAAACACGGUGAUGUCCGCGGCGGCGAGCUUAGCAUGUCCGCGAUCAGCUGCACGAGCGUCGGGGACGACAGGGGUAUAAUGAGGGCGGGCUCGGAUCCAAUCAAACUUGUUCAUACCUAUAGCGGUACCCAGUACAGAUACACGAUUUCCUGGGUUGAAAACUGCAAGGGCGAUGAGAUAGACGUGCGGUAUCCUCGGGGUGGAGAGCAUAUCCUUGGAAAUAGCUGCUGGAUGCUGCUUACCGACAACUGGGAGAAGUGCAACAAUGGGGGUGCUGGAGGCUACAUCGAUUAUGGCUGUGUGAGGUAUGACUUCAGGCCUACCCACGACUGA